AUGUUGGAUACAAAGAAAAAUCGACCGAGUUGUCCGGAGACGGAUCAAGAAUUGGAAAAAGUGAGAGCCAACGCAAAACAAGAACAAUCCCAGACGGCCAAACUUCUCACAACUUGUCAAGAUACCUUGUUGAAAGCGAACUUUGAUCACGAGAAAAAUCACACAACUUGCUUGGAAAAGCACCAGCAAUUGAAGAAAGAGAAAGAUCAACAAAUUGAGAAAGUGACAGGUGCUUGUGAAGCUGUGAAAGGAACGUUGAAGACAUGUGAGGCAAACAAUAAGGCGCUGAAAGCAGAACAUGGCAGGGCAAACCUCUCCCCAAACACCUCCAAAUCAACCGAUAUUGAAGCGAAAUGCGAAAAUUCUCAUUGGACAUACUACAACGAAACAAAUUCCUGUUAUUUUUACCAGAAUUUGAGCUACAAUGACAGGGGAGAGUUGAACACGUAUCUCAGGGAAACCGCUGAAAGCAAUUAUCUGAUCCUUUCCGACGUGAAAGCCGCGAAUUCAUACGCUCAACCAGACAAUGCUUGUAGAGGUUCAAAGUUCUAUGCCUGGUGUGGUCUUCAAUGGGUUAAUCAAGUCCAUAAAUGGACUGACGGCACUCCAUACGAUUAUUCGCUUUUUCGACCAUCCCCGGAUGAUGCGACUGUGUUUCAUGCGAUUUAUCUUAUGUGCAAUGAUGUCUCAAAUGUCAACACUACCUACCUUGUCUACUAUACUAUAAAUUUACGCGCGGCUCACGGAAGAUAUGUUUGCAAGAAACCGGCCAAUGAU